GAGGCGGAACCGGAGGGGGGCGCGUCUUAUUUGUGUCACUUCCGGUGAGCCUAACAGUGACCACGGCAACAUGGCCUUGAACGGCGCUGAGGUCGACGAUUUCGCCUGGGAGCCUCCGACUGAGGCUGAGACGAAGGUGCUGCAGGCGCGACGGGAGCGGCAGGAUCGCAUCUCCCGUCUCAUGGGCGACUACCUGCUCCGUGGUUACCGCAUGCUGGGCGACACGUGCGCGGACUGCGGGACGAUCCUCCUCCAGGAUAAACAGCGGAAAAUCUACUGCGUGGCUUGUCAGGAGCUCGACUCAGAUGUGGAUAAAGAUAAUCCGGCUCUGAAUGCACAGGCGGCCCUCUCUCAAGCUCGGGAACACCAGCUCGCCUCUGCUACAGAGCCUGCCACGGGCUCUCGGGCCACACCCCAGCCCCCUGUACCCCGCCCAGAGCACUGUGAGGGAGCUGCAGCAGGGCUCAAGGCAGCAGCCCAGGCGCCUCCUCUUCCUGCUGCUCCUCCAAAUGCAGAUGUGGUGGCUUCCACACAGACAGCCCUCCUGCAGAAGCUAACCUGGGCGUCAGUGGAGCUGGGCUCUAGCACCUCCUUGGAGACUAGUGUCCAGCUGUGUGGGCUUAUCCGGGCUUGUGCUGAGGCGCUAUGCAGCCUGAAGCAGCUGCAGCACUGAGACCUCCACUCCAACCCGUGUUCCCUUGAGAAAAGCCCUCUAGAAAAACAGCGA